AUGGAGCGUGUCUCUACCGACGGACAUGACCUGGACGAGAAGCAUCUCGCGGCGGAUGUAGUUGAAGCACAGCGUAUCGUCUCACAAUGGGUUGAGAAUACCACCGAGGAAAAGAAACUUGUUCGCAAGCUUGACUGGCGCAUCCUGCCGUGCUGCUGGGUCUUGUAUCUACUGGGGUAUCUUGACAGGGCUAAUAUUGGAAACGCCAAAACCGGCGGCCUGGAGGAUGAAUUUGGACUUUCCUCGUCGCAGUAUUCUAUCAUCGUGCUUGUCUUCUUUGUCUCGUAUCUCGUCUUCGAGGUCCCGGCGAACAUGAUCUUGACGCGUGUACGACCGAGUGUAUUUCUUCCUGGACUGGCUCUUGUCUGGGGAACCUUUGCUGCGCUUAUGGGCGCGACGCAUAACUGGAGCCAGUUAGCUGGAAUGCGCUUCUUGCUUGGGUUUGCUGAGGCUGGCUUUGCACCCGGAUGUGCGUUCUUCCUAUCGUCAUGGUAUAGACGGUAUGAGCUGGCGACGAGAUAUGCACUUCUGUAUACAUCUGUCCCUCUAGCUGGGGCGAUAUCUGGUCUCCUAGCCGGUGUCAUAACCGAGCAUAUGAAUGGUGUCUCGGGACUACCAGGCUGGAGAUGGCUAUUUAUCCUCGAAGGUCUCGGCUCCAUCGUGGCCGCAAUAAUCAUUUACUUCCUCAUGCCAGACUACCCUUCAACCAGCAAGCGCUUCUUAAACGAAGAGGAGAGACUCCUGGCCUGCAACAGACUCGCCGUCGACGGAAUCGCCCUAACCCAAGGCACCGGCGCAGAGCACAUCCCGCACUGGGAAGCAUUCAAAAUGACCUGCCGCGACUGGAGGGUGUGGGCGCAGUGUUUCCUCUUUGUGCUUGUAACCGGUUCCCAGACGAUGCAGUACUUCAUUCCCACCCUUGUUGAGAGCUUCGGUUGGACAGGACCCGAUGGACAAUACCAUACAAUCCCAGCAUAUAUGGCCGCACUAGUCUACGUCGUCGCCUGCUGCUACCUCGCAGACAGAUACAAAGCCAAAUGGCAAUUCAUCUGCGGUCUGUCCGGCGUAGGCUGCAUCCUCUUCAUCGCCGUGGCCACAACAGCCGACAGAACGGCGCAGUACGUGCUGACCAUCUUCGCCUUCGGCACAAUCUACGGCUGCUCGCCGCUCGUGAAGACGUGGGUGUCCGAUGUGAUCCCGCAGCCGGCAGCGAAGCGGGCAGUUGCCAUUGCCCUGAUAAAUGCGAUUGGCAAUGCGAGCUCGAUUUAUUCGUCGUGGCUGUGGCCGGAUAAGGAUGCGCCGAGGUAUAUUGCGGGCUUUGCGACGACGACGAGUUGGUUGGGUGUGCUUUGUAUCUGUGCGGCGCUUUUUGCGUAUUUCUUUCAUAGGUGGCCUGUUGUUAGGGCUGACCAUGCGGUUGUUAUGGCGGGGGAGUUGAGGGGUAGGAGUAAAGUCUAG